GCUCGCGUCUGUCCUCCUUCAGUGCGCGCGUCUCUUUCUCUCCCUCCCUCCCCUUUCCUCUCCUUUUCCUCCCCACAACCUCCCGUUUCCAACGCGAUGACAGUCAAGGCGAACGCGUGAGCGGAUCCCACAGGUGUGUUGCUGCCAACUGCGCCGCGGCUCCAGGAGACGCACACGCACUUACGCACACACACAAAUACGCACACCUGGAAUUACCAUGUGACUCGGCACCUGGGCGUGGAGAAAGUCCCCGAUAAGCAGAGACUCUUUUGUUAAGGAGUUGCCCGUGUCGCCUUUCAGCAGGAAUUGACAAUUCAGUCAACCAAGUAGCCCGUUUUUCCACGGAAUAGUGCCUUUCUGAAACCCUCACUUGACGCGUGAGGUGAGUAAAAUGUGAACUUAUAUACGGACUUCAUUCUUUUUCGUAAUUUCAUCAGAGGAGUUCUUCAGUAUCGGGACUGUACGCGUUUGUUCAACUCCUCGCUCUUUUCCUCCAAGAGCCCAGGCCCUUAAUGAAGCUGGGGGUCAGCGGCAGUGUGUGGCUAAUUGGCCAAGUUUGCCCGGGGCUUCGGCUGCCUGUGAUUGAAGUGUCCAGUGAGGGUCGACUGUGCAGCAGCCGCUGCACCCUGCUCUGUUCCACUUCAACAGCCAAGACGCUCACUGCACCUCUGUUUGCCUCUCCCUAAAUGCAGUCCUCCAGUUUUCCAUCGCCCCCUGUGAAUAUCCAAGCUGUCGAGGCCGACUGGGCUGAACGUUUCCUUGCCAGGGCACAGUUGGAACAGAUCCGGCCUCCGGGCCACAUAUACUACUCUCCUCCAGCCCCUGCAAACAAGGCCUGCCCUACGCAGCUGUCAUCUAAAUGCUAAAGCACUUCGGAUCACCACAAAAUGGCCAGCUGGGUUUCCCUUCUCCUCCUCUUCUUCUGCCAGACGGUCUCAAAAGCCCAGGACAGCAGCAGCAUCCACAUCCAGGAGUUCACCUCAGAGACUCCAAUAAACAAUGUGGUCCAGGACCCUCAAACAGGUCGCAUCUAUCUGGGAGCAGUCAACACCAUUUUUCAGCUCGGGCCUUCACUCAAUCUGGAGGCUCGAGCUGAGACGGGUCCAAAAGAGGACGCUCAGACCUGUACACCUCCCGCUUCAGCCUGCCAAGACACAAAGCUUAUGCCCAACCUCAACAAGCUUUUGCUAGUCCAUCCGUCCAACGGGUCACUCAUAGUGUGUGGCAGCCGCUACAGAGGCAUCUGCUCCCUCCUUAACCUGACCAAUGUGGAGCAGCAGUUGUAUUACAGUGACACUAAAGGAGAAAGAACUUAUGUGGCUAGCAUAGAGGAGAGUGUAAAUGUGGUGGGUGUCAUGUCCACCUAUUCGAAAGAUGGACAUACCUUCAAUGUGUUUGUUGUUGGAAAGGGCUACGGGACCCUGGAUAGUGCAAAACUCAUCAGUACACGCAUCCUUCAGGAUUUCCGUGAAUGGGUCGUAUUCGAGAGCAUCAUCGAGGCGUCCACGGUACAAACUACACCCUUUGUCCCCAAGUACCUGCACGAUUUUCGUCACGCCUUCAAAGAGGACAGUUUUAUUUAUUUCCUUUUUUCGCGGACUCUUGAUGGUACGGAUAACAAAAACCUAACAUUUAUAUCUCGCCUGUGUGAAGACGAUCACCAUUACUAUUCCCACACCGAGCUCCAGUUAACAUGUGGUACAGAUGAUCAGUAUAACAAAGUUCAGGCUGCGUAUGUGGCUUCUCCCGGAAAAGAGCUAGCGCGGUAUAUGACUGAAUCAGGGUCAUAUGGGAAGGUUGACCCCUGGAGUAAAGUUCUGUUCACGGUAGCCAGCCCAGACGAUGAUGUCACUGAUGGUGCUCUCUGCAUGUACCCACUCAACUCCAUCAACGAGCACCUGGUGAAUAUUAUCAGCGCCUGCUAUAUCGACUCGGGGAAAAUUAAUGGAAUUCCUGCCGUGGAUAUUCCCUACUUAUCUAAAAAAGAGGAAUUCUGCACAUCAAAAGCUGCUAAGGAUACUUUGGAGCUGUUUAAAUGCGGGGCAGAUUUUUUGCCUUCCCCUCUGGCUAGUAAGCCCAAAUAUGCCUUGAAGGCAGAAGCUGUGGUCUCCAAAUUGGGCCUUCUGACCGCUGUGGCUGUUGCAGUGGAGAAUGAUCACACAAUCGCUUUCCUCGGGAACAGUGAGGGAGAGGUUUUCAAGGUACACCUGACUGCAGAACCAUAUAUGUACAGCAAGACUCCUGGCGACACCAUGGGAGAAAGAGUCAAUAAGAACCUUUUCUUUGACUUGAGCCAGAGUGACCUCUACAUUACCACAGAGAAAAAGAUCACCAAGGUGCCAGUGCAGACGUGCCUCGAAAAGAAAGACUGCCAAUCAUGCGUGGAACUGAAGGACCCUUACUGCGGCUGGUGUGUCCUGGAGGGCAGGUGUACCAGGAGGUCUGAGUGCCGACGGGCAGAGGAGAAGAAUGGCUGGCUUUGGAGCCCCAGGCAGCAGUGUCUCAAGAUUGUCUCCUUCUAUCCCCCAAACCUUUCCUGUAAAAAGACUCAGAAGGUAAAAAUCAACAUCCCCUCCCUUCCUGCCAUCGGGCAUUCCGACCGUCUGCACUGCACCAUCGACUCUUUCAGGAGUGACGGUUCAAUAUCUGACUCUGGUCAGGUCUCCUGCGAUCUUCCUCCCCCUUCCCUUAUACAACAUACACGAGAGGACCAAGACUUUGUGGCCGUGGCCAUCAAGAUUUUCGUCAAUGACACUGUGGAGCUCGCCAUGCGAGAUUUCAAGUUCUACAACUGUGCUGCCACUGUGAAGAAAGCUGAAAACACACCGUGCAUGUCAUGUGUGGCCAGUCCGUGGAGUUGCCAGUGGAACACAGUUGACCACACCUGCAGUGACAUGGACGACACUGCGGCCGGUCCGACUAUCAUCAAGCAUCGUCAGGGAGUAAAGUGUCCUCAGUUUGAGAAUCCCGAUCCUGUGCUCAUCCCUGUGGGCUACAAGACACGCAUUAGCUUUGAGGGCAUCAAUUUGGAUCGCCACCAGAGUUCCGGUUUCACCAUCGGCACCGAGUUAAUGAAAAAUGUGGAGGAGGAAGUUGCUUUUGAGGAUGGGCCAUUCUACACCUUCAGUGGCUUUAAUUUUUCCUACGAUAAGUCACCAGAGACCAAUGUUCUUUUCUACGUGAAGGACAAGGAGUCAGGCAAGAAGAUGGACAGCACACUGAACGUCACCCUGUAUAACUGCUCCGUGGGACGUCAGGACUGUAGCCUUUGUAAGAACGCAGACUCCAAGUACAGGUGUGUGUGGUGUGCUAAGCAGAGGGCGUGUGUGUACGAGAAGCUGUGCGUUCCUGACCAACAAAGCUCCGUAGAUCCUCACAACACAGAGUGCCCUGACCCUGAAAUCACAGAUAUCAUCCCUCUUUUUGGCCCACUGCAAGGAGGCAUCUCCAUCACCAUCCGUGGCUCCAACCUAGGAAUCCAUAAAGAUGACAUUGUAAGCAUCACUGUGGUUGGGGAGCCCUGCAUUCAUCAGAAGGAGAAAUAUUCUGUCUCAACAAGUGUGGUGUGCGAGAUUGGCCCUUAUGAUCCACAAAGAACGCAUUGGGGUGCAGUGGAAGUGAAGGUGAAAGGAGAAAAGAGAGGAACAUCCUCCUUGCAUUUCACCUACAGGGACCCAAUUCUUGAAGCAGUGAAGCCUGCUAGGGGUCCUAAAGCUGGGGGCACCCUCAUUACUAUUUCUGGGAAAUUUCUGGACACUGGCAGUAAGGAUGAUGUCCAGGUUACCGUUGGAGGGGUGGACUGUUUUGUGGAGCAGUUCGGAGAGGAGAUCACCUGCAGAACUGGUGAAUACCGAGCGGAUAAGGUCCCCUCUGACCCUCUUACCAUCACAAUGAAGUAUGGAAAGAGUACCACAAAAACCAUCCCAAGUGCCUUCCAGUUUUUGGAAAACCCCACUGUGCUAGACCAUAACCCCAAAGGAAGCUUUGCCUGUGGAGGGAGAAACAUUGUGGUAACUGGCUCUGGCUUUGACCUGAUCCAGACAGCACUCAUCAAGGUACAGGGAGACAACUCAUUAGCUAUAGAGCAUGCCCACAAGAAGAAUGACUCCAUCAUCCAGUUCUGGUCUCCUACAGUGAACCAUUCCCAGAGCCAGCACCUUAAAACAUUCAUCCAGUUGGACAACUGGGUGAAGGAACUGAAGCCUUUCGACUACCACCCCGACCCCACCUUUAACGACCUGCCCAAGAAGGUCAUCACCGAGGCGAGCAUCAUCAUCGUCACUGGUCGAGGUUUCUCCAAGGCAAUGACAGCGAAAGAGGCACAAGCAUUUGUGGGCGAUGUUCCAUGUUUGGUCAACACGCUUCAAGACGACAAGCUGUUCCUGGACCCACCUUCCACCCCACCACGGGCUCGUUCUAGGCGGCACCGUCGAGACACCAGACCAGAGCUGCUGGACUUAUUGAUCAAGUUUGGAAACGGGGAGUGGGUGGUCGGCUCAGUGCAGUACGAGAAGAAGAAUGAUUUGUCUCUCUACAUCAUCAUCCCCGCUGUCAUUGUGCCAAUGCUGCUCAUCAUUGCCAUCUCCGUCUACUGCUACAGGAGGAAAAGUCAACAGGCAGAGAGGGAGUAUGAAAAGGUGAAGCACCAGCUGGAGAAUCUGGAGGAGAGUGUUCGAGAUCGCUGCAAAAAGGAAUUUACAGACUUGAUGAUUGAGAUGGAGGACCACACCAACGACCUGAGCGAGGGGCGAAUUCCCUUCCUGGACUACAAGAACUACACAGAUCGUGUCUUCUUCCUGCCCUCUAAGGAUGGUGCCAAUGAUGUGAUGAUCACAGGCAAGCUAGACAUCCCAGAGGCUCGGCGGGCCACGGUGACCCAGGCGCUCAACCAGUUCUCCAACCUGCUGAACUCCAAGACUUUCCUCAUUAAUUUUAUUCGUACCUUGGAGCGCAGUCAUGAUUUCAACGCCAGGGCGAAGGUGUACUUUGCUUCCCUGCUGACAGUGGCUCUACAUGGAAAACUGGAAUACUACACAGAUAUCAUGAGGACGCUGCUGCUGGAACUGAUGGAGGAAUACGUCAAUAGCAAGAAUCCCAAACUGAUGCUGCGCAGGUCAGAGACAGUUGUGGAGAGGAUGUUGUGUAACUGGAUGUCUAUCUGCCUUUAUCAGUUUUUGAAGGACUCUGCGGGCGAGCCCUUGUACAAACUGUUCCGAGCCAUCAAGCACCAGAUCGAGAAGGGCCCUGUGGACGCGAGAGUGAAGAAAGCCAAGUACACCCUCAACGACACAGGCCUGUUGGGCGACGACGUGGAGUACUCUGUCUUGACAUUGCAAGUGCUGGUGCAUGGCGAGGGUCCAGAUGUGACGCCUGUCAAGGUGCUGAACUGUGACACGAUUUCGCAGGUGAAGGAGAAGAUCAUAGAGCAGGUGUAUAGAAACCUGCCGUACUCCCUGAGGCCCAAGGUCGACAGUGUCACGCUGGAGUGGCGCCCAGGUUCUACAGGGCAGAUUUUGUCCGAUCUGGACUUGACCUCCCAGAAAGAGGGCAGAUGGAAACGCAUCAACACUCUGGCACAUUACAAUGUGCGAGAUAAUGCCACAUUAGUCUUAUCCAGAGUGCUUCACACUCAGCAGAACUAUGACCAGAACCAGGAAAACCAUGAAGAACGAAAUGCACUGUUGGAAGAUGACAAAGUGUUUCACUUGGUGAGGCCGGCAGAAGAACUGGAUGAGAUCAAGUCUAAACGAGGCAGCAUAAAGGACAAGUCAAUGACCAAAGCCAUUACAGAGAUCUAUCUCACUCGACUGCUCUCAGUCAAGGGAACACUGCAGCAGUUUGUGGAUGACUUCUUCCGCAGCGUACUGUGCUCUGGGGCAGUUGUGCCACCAGCUGUCAAAUAUUUCUUUGACUUCCUGGAUGAACAGGCACUGAAACACAACAAUGUGGAUGAGGAGACCAUCCAUAUCUGGAAGACUAAUAGCCUGCCUCUGCGGUUCUGGGUGAACAUCCUCAAGAACCCCCACUUCAUCUUUGAUGUCCAUGUGUCUGAAGUGGUGGAUGCUUCACUCUCUGUCAUCGCCCAGACCUUCAUGGAUGCCUGCACCAAGAGUGAGCAUAAACUUAGCCGGGACUCUCCAAGUAACAAACUACUCUAUGCAAAGGAGAUCUCCACCUAUAAGAAGAUGGUGGAUGAUUACUACAAGGGCAUUAGGCAGAUGGUACCCGUCAGUGACCAGGACAUGAACACUCAUCUGGCAGAGGUGUCACGGUCUCACACAGACAAACUGAACACACAAGUGGCUCUCCAUCAGCUUUACCAGUACGCCAGCAAAUACUAUGAUGGGAUCAUUGCAUCCCUGGACGAGGAUCCAGCUGCACAGAGUAAACAGCUGACCCUGCGGCUCCAGCAGAUAGCAGCCGCCCUGGAAAACAAAGUGACUGAUCUCUAACCCUCCGAGGGGAGGCAAGGAGGGAGGGAAGGGAAUAGGAGGGGACUGCCAGUGACUUACGGGGGCUUAUUUCUUCUUUUAGAGAAAAAAAAAAUGUAGAGAUAAGACUAGGUGAGAAGGGACUGAUGUGGGCGUGUGUAUCAUUCAACUUGGCUCUGGGACAAUUUUCUCCACUGUGGAGUUAACGGAGGCUAAUGAAAUGCAGAUGGAGAGUGAAAAGGAGAAGGAAAUGAUGGGUUACAUUGUCAUAGGUACGCCUUAAAGCUCACUUGCCAAACGUUAAAGGUCUGCGCGCUCACUCAUGCUUCACUGAAUAUUGCUCCCAGAAUGCAUUGCGGGAGACCUCUGUGAGAAUUAAGCCCCUCUGUGGAGCACUGGCACUGGAGAUAAUCAGAUGUUCAAUUUCUUUCUGUGUAGAAAAGGUUUUAAGAAUUGUAUUAUAUAUUUUUUUUAUCGUGCAGUCUUUAUGAGGAAAGCUUUAUAAGGAAAAAAAAUUAUCUUUUUAAAUGGAUCACCUUGUGGUGCGGAUAGUGUUUUUAUUAGCCUGUGUGUGCGCGUACAUGUCUGUGUGAAAUACAAUAUGUGAACAAGAGUGUGCGUUGCUGAAGUUGAGUGCAUGUUCACUAGGUUUGUGAUUGUGUGGUUGAAUAUGUGGGAAUGAGUGUGCACACACAGGAUGCCUACUGUCAGGCGUGAAGGCGGAAGGACGCCUGCUUUCUGUCAUGUUAAUCCCCCGUACCCAGUGACACACUGGAGCCUGCGCUCUAACCGAGCUGUUUGACGGCGACCAAAGGGUCCUGACAAGGACACUGGUUAAUCUAGCACUGGGCAGGCUCAGAUGAAUGACACGUCACCAGUAGUUUCAGAAACGUCUGAUUUAAUUCUUUUGCUUUAAACAAAGAUUUUCUUCAAGCCGCGUUGCAUUUGUGCUUGUGGAAGUCAAUAAUAGCACAGUCUGUGUCCCUUUAUUGUACAGUGCCAUGAUACAUUCCACUGCAACUAAAGCACAGAUGGACAUUUCAGAGGUUUUUAAGAUGUUUUAGUUAGCUUUUUGCUAAUAUUUUUAAUUGCUGUAAAUUUUUUUAAUUAAAUAUUUGUAUGUCAGCAAAAGGCAACUAUAUUCUGUCAUGGAGUUAUGUCACUCAUAUUAGCCCUGCAAUAAUGUCAGAAUACUAUGAGCCACAUUCGACAGUCACAUUAGCUCAUAAGUUGUAUUCACAUACGGUAGCGUUUCAGCAAUAUUUUAGAUUUUCCAAAUGACUGAUUAAUGCAUUGUUAGUAUUAUAAUUCUUUUCGUGCCACUUUUUAGUAUUACCUAUGUAACGUUCCAAAUAAUCAUCAAACAUUCUGCCUCUAAUGCUAUGAAAUAGCCUAUUGCUGAUGUUAAUAAUCUGCCAGAGAAGCAACUGGUACUAAUGGUAUAUAUUUGUCUUGAACAAACACAGUGGUUUUAGCUGUUGUAUUAAGUUGGAGAAGUGAGUCUCAAUCAUGUACGUAAUUGUUACUGUAAUUGGAAUAUUGAUAUGUCACUGUCGGAGCUGAGAGUUGACAGGGUAGGAAUGAGGGUUUGAUAUUUCUUGGUCCAUUAAAUGCCACUAUGUUUCAUCCCUAAAUUGUAGGUUUUGCUGUUGACAGAUGAUUUAAUUGUACUCCCUGUAUCUGAUCAUGGGUGUGUGUAGUUGACAGAGCAUAAAGAGCUCCAGAGACCCCAGAAUGUUAACGAUUCCUGCCUUGGCUAGAGAGAGGUUUGCACAGACCUCGAGCGUGCCUGCCUGCCUGCCUGCUGUCUCAGCAUGGCACCCUGGCAUCCCGACCAACAGCACUUGGCACUGCCCACUCAGCGCAGUGCAGAGUGGCACUCUGUAUAAUGGAAUCAGCAGGGGAGGCUUUUGAUCUUAAUUGCAUGCCGACUGCAGACUCCAUCCUUGUCUCCGCUGUUGUUUACUGCUGACUCCUCUCACUAACAGAGUUGAUGCAAGAAGCUUCUUUCAGAGCCUUUCUUUAACCAAAAAUGUGCCUUAUUGAAUAGGAUGAUACAUAUAUAUUGUUUCUAUAUUAUUCUAUUGGUAACCUAGGUGAAUAUGAUGAUGAUAGUGCUAUAGACACAGCAAUGUAUUUGGACUUGUGAUAUUAUGUGUGCUGUCUAAAAUGCUAGAUGCCCUGCUGCCACCAUUUGCGUGCCAAUAGGCUGAAGACAUUUCAGUAUGAUUUCUUUUAUGGUUGCAAUUUCGAUGUGUGCAUUUCUUUUGGGUGUCUGUGGCGUGUGCUUAGUAGGACUUUGGUGGCUAAGGCAAAAAGCCAAAAUGAAUAAAUGUAAAACAGUGGCCAGUGUGAUUUGGGUUUUCCAUGAAAAAUGUCUGACAUUCCUAAAUUAGUCAGAAGUCAAAAGGGUAUCCUUAUGUAGAUUGAAUAUAGCGCAAAUUGUUCUAAUGGUGUUUAUUUUUUGCCCUGUGUUUCUAAGCUAUUCCACAGUGUGUGCGAUAAAUUACUAUAUAUACUCGACAAAUGACCUUUCUUACUGCUGUGCAGUUAUUAUUUUUAUUUCUUGUUUCCUAUACCAUAUAAAUCUUUGUAAAACAUGUUGAAAUACUGUAUUCUAACUGUAUAAUCCUAUGCAUUAAGUCCUGGGACAAAAAAGAAAAAAAGAAAAAAUGUGCAGUUGUCGAGACUUUUUUCAAUUUUGAAACUUGUGAAUGUGCUGUAAUGAUAAAACAAACUGGGACACUCCAUUUUCAGAACAGGACCAUUGGUGGAAGCCAACGUUUCCUCCCCAUCCAAGGCAGCUCAGAAGAAUUUGAUCAUGUACCUGAUCUGGUUGUACUGGAUGACGUCAAUUUUACAAAGGUUGUGUGUGGACGGAGCGGUUACCGACAGUUUCAUCACUCACUCCUCCGUGAAUAAACUCAGACACCUAUUCGCCCUUCGA